CAGUCCCCAUGGUGGGGGAAUGAGCUCUGGUGGUGGCAGAAGCUCUGGCAGAAGAGGAUCCAUCUCUGGAGGUGGAGGAGGCGGCUCAGGUAUGGGCAGCUCCAGCUCUGGAGGAGGCUCAGGAUAUGGAGGAGGAAUCUCUGGUCAUGGGGGCUCCAGCUCUGGAGUUUGGGGCUCCAGCUCUGGCAGUGGCAGAUGCAGUCCCCAUGGUGGGGGAAUGAGCUCUGGUGGUGGCAGCAGCUCUGGCAGAAGAGGAUCCAUCUCUGGAGGUGGAGGAGGCAGCUCAGGUAUGGGAAGCUCCAGCUCUGGAAGUGGCAGCUCUGGAGGUGGCUCAGGAUAUGGAGGAGGAAGCUCCGGUCAUGGAGGCUCCAGCUCUGGAGGCUGGGGCUCCAGCUCUGGCAGUGGCAGUUGCGUUGGUGGAGGUGGCUCAAGUUAUGGAGGAGGAGGAAGCUCUGGCAGAAGAGGAUCCAUCUCUGGAGGUGGAGGAGGUGGCUCUGGUAUGGGAAGCUCCAGCUCUGGAGGUGGCAGCUCUGGAGGUGGCUCUGGAUAUGGAGGAGGAAGCUCCGGUCAUGGAGGUUCCAGCUCUGGCAGUGGCGGUUGCGUUGGUGGAGGUGGCUCAAGUUAUGGAGGAGAAGGAAGCUCUGGCAGAAGAGGAUCCAUCUCUGGAGGUGGAGGAGGCGGCUCAGGUAUGGGCAGCUCCAGCUCUGGAGGAGGCUCAGGAUAUGGAGGAGGAAUCUCUGGUCAUGGGGGCUCCAGCUCUGGAGGUUGGGGCUCCAGCUCUGGCAGUGGCAGAUGCAGUCCCCAUGGUGGGGGAAUGAGCUCUGGUGGUGGCAGCAGCUCUGGCAGAAGAGGAUCCAUCUCUGGAGGUGGAGGAGGCGGCUCAGGUAUGGGCAGCUCCAGCUCUGGAGGUGGCAGCUCUGGAGGUGGCUCAGGAUAUGGAGGAGGAAGCUCCGGUCAUGGAGGCUCCAGCUCUGGAGGCUGGGGCUCCAGCUCUGGCAGUGGCAGUUGCGUUGGUGGAGGUGGCUCAAGUUAUGGAGGAGGAGGAAGCUCUGGCAGAAGAGGAUCCAUCUCUGGAGGUGGAGGAGGUGGCUCUGGUAUGGGAAGCUCCAGCUCUGGAGGUGGCAGCUCUGGAGGUUGGGGCUCCAGCUCUGGCAGUGGCAGAUGCAGUCCCCAUGGUGGGGGAAUGAGCUCUGGUGGUGGCAGCAGCUCUGGCAGGAGAGGAUCUAUCUCUGGAGGUGGAGGAGGCGGCUCAGGUAUGGGAAGCUCCAGCUCUGGAGGUGGUAGCUCUGGAGGUUGGGGCUCCAGCUCUGGCAGUGGUGGUUGCAUUGGUGGUGGUAGCUCAGGAUAUGGAGGAGGCAGCUCUGGUAUGGGCAGCUCCAGCUCUGGAGGUGGCAGCUCUGGAGGUUGGGGCUCCAGCUCUGGCAGUGGCAGAUGCAGUCCCCAUGGUGGGGGAAUGAGCUCUGGUGGUGGCAGCAGCUCUGGUAGGAGAGGAUCCAUCUCUGGAUCAGGAGGAAGCUCCGGUCAUGGAGGCUCCAGCUCUGGAGGUUUUGGCGCCAGCUCUGGUAGUGGUGGUCGCAUUGGUGGUGGUAGCUCUGGGUCAGGAGGUAUCUCAGGAGGCGGUUCAGGAUAUGGAGGUGGCAGCUCUGGAGGAGGAUCGGGAUUUGGAGGGGGAAGCUCAGGUCAUGGAGGUUCCAGCUCUGGAGGUUGGGGCUCCAGCUCUGGCAGUGGCUGUUGCACUGAGGGAGGAUACGGAGGAGGCUCAAGUUAUGGAAUUGGAGGCAGCUCAAGCAGUGGAGGCUCCGUCUGUUGUGGCGGAGGAGCUUCAGUCUAUGGAGGAGGUGGAAGCUCAGGCAGUGAAUGCUCCAUCUCAGGAGGUGGUGGGAGCUCUGGGUCAGGAGGUGGGGUGUCGAGCUGUGGAGGUAUCUGUGGCUCUGGCAGUGGAGGGUAUGGCUCUGGAGGUUGGGAAUCCAGCUCAGGGGGUGUCUAUGGUUCUGACAGUGAAGGUUAUGGCUCUUCCUUUGGUGCUUCCUCUGGAGGGGAAGGGGGUUAUGGUGUGGGCAGCUGUGGAGAUGGGACUCCCGAAGGAGGGUGUCCUUCCCGAAGGCGGGUUUACUGGUCUGUCUUUGGAAGUGGAUCUGAUUCUUCUGGAGAUGCACCCCAAAACUGAUAUUUCCAUGCCAAAAUCUGCCAGAAGAGGGAUGGAAGAAGACAUUGAUCUCACCUUUGAGGCAAUGGUUUCUUCUCCAUCACUGAGUCACUGCUUCUCUGAAUGGGUCACACAUAAUCCUGAGCUCUCCUCUUCCUCCACAGCCAUUCUCCAACCAUACACCCCGGGUCUAGGGCAUGGUUGUGAUGGUUGCUCUUGUUUCUUCAAGUGUUCUCUGAGCCCUUGAGCUCAGCUCUUUGGAACUUUUGUCUUUGGCAACUAAAAGCUUGAAACCCUG